AUGGUGUUAACGUUACUUAUUAAUGAGACAGUUGGAUACAGCUAUGAUCGAUUAGCUAUUUCUAUGCUUACGGAUGUACGUGUGUACUUAAACAAUAAUUCUGGAUCAUCCACACUAAUUUCAAGAAAGAAAAACGCCAAUGAAUUGAUGGAGUUUACAACAACCACUGCUACUACUACUACUACUACUGCUGAACAACAAGAAGACAUCAAUCAUCAACAUCCAUUGGAUGAUAGUCCCGUAGUUAGAACAACUAAAAUUGCUGACAAAAAACUUUAUCCCGCUGUAACAGAUGAAAAUGUAGAAUUACAAAAGAGCAUGUUAAAUAAUUAUGUGGAUAAAAAUACAUUAUUUUUUAAUAAAUUCAAAAGAGAACGUCGAUUAACUGAGAAACUAUCCAAAGGUAUUGGUUAUCAUCUUGGACGAAGACGUCGUCUAUUGGAAAGUCGAAGAAGAAUGGCAGAUUUUGCUUUAGCAUUCAGUAUAUUCGGUAUAUUAGUGGCAUUUCUUGAUAUCGAAUUCAUCUCACGAUCAUUGUAUCAUAAAGUUUUUCUAUGUGAAGAAUAUACAAAAGAUUGGAGAAUCUGUGUGACAAAGCAUAGAAUUAUACAGAUUAUCGCAGAAUUAUUCAUCUGUUUCAUACAUCCAUUUCCUGGUAUUGAUUUAUUUUUUAACAGUUCAUUCCCAGUGAUUCAUACUAUGCAUCAUAAACGUACACAAUUAAGUGAUCAUUUUAGUCCAUAUCUAUUAUUGAUUUUACCAAUGUUAGGUCGAUUAUAUUUAGCAUUACGUGCAUUAUUAUUACACUCACGAAUGUUUAAUGAUGCUGGCUCAAGAAGUAUUGGUGCAAUGAAUAAAGUAAACAUUCCGCAUCAAUACAGUGAAAAUAUUGCAUAUACAGAAAAUUUCAAUCAAAAUCACCCGGAUGAUUCAAUGAAUACCACUAGUACUACUACUACUACUACUACUACUACUACUACUACUACUACAACUACUUCUAUAUCACUUCAUGUACCAAAAUUGUCACAAAUCAAUAAACCUAACAUAAAUAAUGAUAAAGAACUUUCUGCACGCAUCAGAAGAGUGUCAAUGAUGUUACAAAAUCGGCAAGAUAUGUUAACACAUAAUCAACGUACUAAUAGUAUUGAAUUUGGUGUACCGAAAUGCAAUAAUUCUGGAUCAUCCACACUAAUAUCAAGAAAGAAAAACGCCAAUGAAUUGAUGGAGUUUACAACAACCACUGCUACUACUACUACUACUGCUGAACAACAAGAAGACAUCAAUCAUCAACAUCCAUUGGAUGAUAGUCCCGUCGUUAGAACAACUAAAAUUACUGACAAAAAACUUUAUCCCGCUGUAACAGAUGAAAAUGUAGAAUUACAAAAAAGCAUGUUAAAUAAUUAUGUGGAUAAAAAUACAUUAUUUUUUAAUAAAUUCAAAAGAGAACGUCGAUUAACUGAGAAACUAUCCAAAGGUAUUGGUUAUCAUCUUGGACGAAGACGUCGUCUAUUGGAAAGUCGAAGAAGAAUGGCAGAUUUUGCUUUAGCAUUCAGUAUAUUCGGUAUAUUAGUGGCAUUUCUUGAUAUUGAAUUCAUCUCUCGUUCAUUGUAUCAUAAAAUGUCCUUCAUCAUGAUCCUCAGAAAUCACUUGCAAAAAUUGUCCUAA